AAAUUCAUGACAACGCAAUUUAAAUAACCAUUCCACCCCUAAUUGGAAUGUGUCAUUAUUUUUUAUAUAAGAGAUGAAGGAAAAAAUUCGGCCAUCUUAAUUCCAAAUUCGAAGAGACAAUGUUCAUGCUAAUCUUAGUAAUUCUGGUGGUUCACGUUGAUGCGCGGUGCGGGGUGUCAGAGGGAGUGGUGCAGUGUCGGGACUGGAGGGAGUUUGAGCGUGGUAACUACCCGAUGGCAAACUUCAUCAUCCUGGAGAGGGCGAUGGGGAAGAUUAACGUCGAGGAAUACCCAGCAUUGACCAGGCUAAUUAUCCGUGACCCGCAAACUAAUUGCGAUGCCAUCACCGCUAACGCCUGGACGACGGUGCGGAUAGGUUCCCUCACGUGUCAGAACGGCCAGCACAGCAGUGGGGUCACAAACAGUGUUGCAACGACCACCAUCAGAACCGUCGAAUUGACAGCUAUUACAUUCAACAAACCUUGGAUAUAUGUUAUCCUUGGAGGGACGGGUGUAGUGGUAUUGAUUUUCUCAGUGAUGAUCAUUUGUGCGAUUAAGAGUAGAUGUCUGAGGAGACGGGUGGAGCUCGAGAUCUAG